AUGUAUAGUAUAACUGCACUUUUCACUGUGGCCCGCUUAGUUUACUCGUGUAAUCCUGGAGUUGGACCAGAUGCCACGAUAGUGUCCAAUCCCGCGUUCACAUUCUCAUUCUACCCUCCUAUAGCAUGGACUUAUUAUGAUGGAGUGCCACCAGCCGGUGUUCAAGCUUCCACUGCCACUGUUUAUCCUGGUCAACAGCCAACUUUAAAUGAUGCCAAGCGAGUAAUGCAGAACGAUAUUGAUGGAGCAAUAUUAAAAUCGCUAAACAAACUUGGAGUAGCACCGCAGGGAACGACGUGGCAGAUGAGUGGUUACACUCCUCAGAACUGUCUCAUACGUGCAGACAAUGGCCAGCCAGGAUGGAGAGCUGUUGGAACGUGCUUUCCUCAAAUUGGAGCUGUCGUGGCAAUGCGAACUGUGGCUGACUCUGACACCGGCACUAGCAACCUUCAGCAAGGGACUCUCCGUGUGACUACAUCGUUGCUCGUAACGCGAUCACAAUGGAAUUUCAUUGCUUCAGAAGUUUACAAUCAACUCAAUGUCUACUCCAAAGUCUACUUCACCACCCCAAUUGAACUUAAAUAA